UGCCUGUGAAAAUGUGGAGGAAGGUUACUAAGAGGCAGGAAAUAAAGGAUCCUGAGGGUUGGGUAAGGUGAGUAAGACAGCAGCUCAGAGCGAGGAGCGAGGUAACCGUGCGCAAAGAGGGAGAUGGGGAGGGAGGACCUGUUGGGAACAGGUAAUUAACAGGAUGCUCCGGGUGAGGAGGCCAGUGUGACAUUUUGGGAUUUGGGUUGAGUGAAAAGCAGCGGUUGAGAGGUUUGCUCGGGAGACUGCUCACACCAGAGGGAAUCUUGAGAACGUCCGUUGAGUAGGAAUCGCGACUGAGUAAAGGUUGGAUUGAGAGAUGCUGAGAUGCACCUGGCCACAGCCUAGAGUUGAGGCUUCAGUUCGGAGAGGCGUGACGACGUGCGGGAAGGUGGGAAUCCGAAAGUGUGCGACGUGGGCAGUGUGCGUUGUGGAGUUACUGAUCAGGAAGGAGAAUUCUUCAAAGUCUCUGGUGGACAUCUUGUCUGUGUCACAGUUUGAUACCACCAAAUUGAAAGGAUUCUUGACUGCUUCAAAUGAGGGGAUAAUUAGUUGAAGAUAACAGUGUCUCCGAUAGGUCUUGGGAUGGAUUAUGAAGAUCAUUUCUUGCACUAUUUGACAGUGGUUCUUGUAACAUUGGAGACCCCAAGACAAAUCCUCUCGUUGGUGGCCCCGGAUUCGUCUCUCUCCUGUCAUCCUUAGUCCAGCGUAUUCUGUUCCUGAUAUGCAGGUAUAUGAGUGACCUAAAGCUGCAAAUUAAAACAGAGAGAGAGCAGUGCCAACUGCGAGCAGGGCAAGGAUGCCAAUUCCUCCUCCUCCUCCACCCCCUCCUGGCCCUCCUCCACCUCCCACUUUUAAUCAGGCAAAUACAGAGCAGCCCAAGCUGAGUAGAGAUGAACAGCGGGGUCGAGGUGCCCUCUUACAGGACAUCUGCAAAGGGACCAAGUUGAAGAAGGUGACCAACAUUAAUGAUCGGAGUGCUCCCAUCCUGGAGAAACCCAAAGGAAGCAGCAGUGGUUAUGGCUCUGGAACAAGUGCCCUGCAGCCCAAGGGAGGCCUCUUUCAAGGAGGAGUGCCGAAGCUCCGACCUGUGGGAGCCAAAGACGUUUCAGAGAACCUAGCUUGUAAGCCAGCCCUGCAGAUCCCCAGUUCUCGAGCUGCUGCCCCAAGGCCUCCAAUGUCUACAGCCAGUGGGCGCCCUCAAGAUGAUGCGGACAGCGGCCGAGCCUCACUCCCAGAACUGCCCCGGAUGCAGAGACCUUCAUUACCGGACCUCUCUCGGCCUAAUGCCACCAGCAGUACGGGCAUGAAACACAGCUCCUCUGCCCCUCCCCCGCCACCGCCAGGGCGGCGUGCCAAUGCGCCCCCUACAUCUCUGCCUAUGCACAGCAGCAAAGCCCCAGCCUACAACAGAGAGAAACCCUUGCCGCCCACACCCGGACAAAGGCUACACCCUGGUCGAGAGGGACCUCCGGCUCCACCCCCUGUCAAACCACCUCCUUCCCCUGUGACUCUCAGAAUGGGACCAAGUGGCCAGUCUCUGGCUCCUCCUCCUCCGCCUUACCGCCAGCCUCCAGGGGUCCCCAAUGGACCCUCCAGUCCCACUAAUGAGUCAGCUCCUGAGCUGCCACAGAGACACAAUUCUUUGCAUAGGAAGACACCGGGACCUGUCAGAGGCCUAGCACCUCCUCCACCCUCUUCAGCCUCCCCUUCUCUACAGAGUAAUAGGCCGCCUCCCCCAGCCCGAGACCCUCCCAGUCGGGGAGCAGCUCCUCCACCCCCACCACCCAUGAUCCGAAAUGGUGCCAGGGAUGCUCCCCCUCCCCCACCACCACCAUACCGACAUGGGUCAGAACCUCUGAGCCGAGGAAAGCCCCCACCUCCGCCCUCAAGGACGCCAGCUGGGCCACCACCUCCUCCUCCUCCACCUUUGAGGAAUGGCCACAGAGAUUCUAUUACCACUGUCCGAUCUUUCUUGGAUGAUUUUGAGUCAAAGUAUUCUUUCCAUCCAGUAGAAGAUUUUCCCGCUCCAGAAGAAUAUAAACACUUUCAGAGAGUAUAUCCCAGCAAAACAAACCGAGCUGCCCGUGGAGCCCCACCUCUGCCACCCAUUCUCAGGUGAAGCCUGGCUUGGUCCUGUUCCUCAGGAAAAGGAUGGACCCUCUCCUCUUCUCAGACGGUCCCUCCCACCCCCCUGAAACCUGCAUGAGAACCCCUAAUGUGUUUCUCCAGUGCAGCCAACCUCUAGACUCCAAGCGUCCUCCCAGCUCACCUCCAUCUAUGCAUCUUGUCUUCUGGACUUGGUGAUUGGACUCUCUGUAUUGACAGCAGGGUCUCAAACCCUGCAUCCAUCCCUCCGCUAGCAAUCCCUGCCAGCCAGAUGAGGAAAAAGCUUCCAUGUCGCCUGCUUCCCUCGUGGGGAAAGGUGCCUUGUUGUGAUGAAGUAACUCCUUGUUGGGGCAGGGUGGAGAAGAGCGCUCCUGCCUCCUCCUGCCCACUUUGGGGGAAGCUUGGCGGGCGCAUUUCACCGUUUAGGAGGCUGACAUGGCCAGGACUUGGGGGGGUGGCAUUUUUUAGUGAAACAAGAAAGGGGUUUGCAGAGAAGUGAUCUGUUUUAAAGGUCGAGUUUGGAGAAAGGGCAAGAGAAUGGGUCUGCUUUAUUUUUAGGGGUAUUUUGGUUUUUUGCUCUUACCCCACUCCAUACCCUCACUCCAGGGAUAAGUUUGAUGUAAACACUAAAUACUAAUCAAUGGAACUAAACAGCUAAUAAAAAGAGAGGGUAACAUAAACUGGGGAGCCUUUUAGUGCUAGGCAGUUCCUCUGCAGCAAAGGGACCAGGAGCCAGCUGAGUCCUCGGGGACUCCCCGCCCCAUUUCCUCAGGGCGCUGAGGCUGAGGGGUGCGCUUCCUCCCCCCACCACUCAGACCCUGAGGAGAAAAGUCACUUUCAUUCAUUCCAGAUUCAUAAGCUCCAGAAACUUCCAGUGGGAAAUAGGAAGAUAGGGCCGGGGUCUUGGCCUUAACCUUGACCUUGACCCCACCUCAGUCUUUUCUGACUGGCCCUGAAGGACACUGGUCCUUUCAGUCCUGUCCAGAAACUUCAGCCCCUGUUGGGUGCUCCAUGAUGACGAAGAAGGGAAGGCUGAAGCUUGUAGCGUUCACAGCCUGCUGACUGAACAGGCUCUUCCUGUUCCUUUUCGCCACCCUUGCCUUUCCAAGACUACAGGGGUUAACAACAGAGUCGAGGAGGGCGAGGAAGUUUGUGGGCGUAGUCAAAGAUUCCUCUGCGCCAAGCCCAGAGACUUAGGAGAGAGAUGCGUGUCCCAGCCCAGCUGACACUCUUUGGCAGCUAGCAACAGGUGGUCCGCUCAUCUUCCAGGCCCCAGGUAAAGAACGGAGGGGAAAGGGAGGCUCCCCAUCCUGACACGAACUGAGCUUGGAUGACGGGGCAGGGAUUUCCCCUUCGCAGACGGUGCAGCAGGGCUCCUGGGCCCCACGCACAGGUGGUUGGUUUCAUGCCAGCUCUGGCCACGUGCAGAGGCUGCUCAAAGCUUGGAGUGAGAACAGCAAGGCCAUGGCGGUUCCUCGAAACGGUUGGGGAAAGUCAGUGUAAAAAUUUCCCCACAUACAUCACAGGCUUGAACUACCGUAGGGCCUUCGCAGUUCAUUGGAUCGCAGCCCAGGGAUCUGUGCGGGUGCCGCGUGGCACCCGGGUCUCCCCAGUGCUGGAAGAGAGGACUGAGCCUGGGCUAUGGGGAUGGGGUCUGCUAUCCCCCGUCCUCCCCUGGGCCAUGUUGGCUCCUGGGACAAACAGUGGCUAGGUCUAUCAUCAGACUUUUUCUGACCAUCAUCAUUCUUACUUUCAAAUCUGUUAGUAGUUACCUCCCAGCAAUAUCCCUGGCAUCCUGAAGUGAACGGAGCUGAGAGCGGGAACGCUCGUGGAGGGAGCAGGAGCGAGUACAAGGGUGGGCACUGCAGCAGAGUUCCAGGGUAGAUGCUGACCAGUUACGAAACUUGGACUGUGAAGUCUUCCCAUUUAUUUUUGAAAUGGGAGUUGAUGCCUUUUGUACAAUGUUAUCAAAGUGUAUUUUUUUCCCCUUUCCUCAAACAUAGAGCAUCAAAAUAAGUAUCACAAGUAAAAGCCAAACCCCAGCUUUUCACUGGGGCUGAUACCUUCCUUCCCUGUUACCUGCUGCCCCUCAUGUUCCCCAACGCUUGGACUGUGUCACAUGAGUAUUGAUGUAUUUUUAUUUUCUUGGCCUCAUGAAAAAAGGCCUGGGUCUAGAUCUAGUCAGAUGCAUUUUCUUCAGCGCAUGUUGGUGACACAGUACUUAUUUAACUGUCUUUGCCUUAUACAUUAUUUGGUCCCUCUGUUAAGAACAGAUUUAUUAUCAUGUAUAUUUACUAUCGAAGAAUGGGAAUGUGAUCCUCAUAGUCAUUGAUCUAUUUUGUAUGUUGUAAAAAGCUUGUAAUAUAGAUUUAAGGUGGGCUGGCUGCAAGAGCACUGAAACUUCUCACCUUUUAAACUCCUCUUUUUACCUGCUUAUGGGAAUGUCGUCUCUUCAGUGAAAGAUUGGGUGGUCUCAUGUUGAGGCUGUUGCCCAGUCCCGUUAGUCCCCCUAUCUGCUCCCAGAAGGAGGAGACAUUGCCCAUCUAAGCAUCAGGAAGCUGCGUUAAAAGCCCUUGUGUGGGUUUGGUUCUAUGAUGUUUUCCUCUAGCGGGGAAAACUUAAUACUGUAGUUGUUUCUUACCGCCCUUUGUGGGGAGCAGGGCAGUGGCCUCCAGGUUUUUUAACCAGCUAGAUGCCCCUCUUCCCCCUUCUCUGGUCACCAAACCUGGGUCAGAGCACUUUGAUGUUCCAGGUGUGGUUUUCUCUAUCAUGGGGAUUUCCUCCAGCAGCAGCACCCCAUCAUUUUCACAGCCUGGGGCCACAGAGAGAGCAUCUGUGGCUACCCCACCCGGUGGGUGUGAAGCUGCUUCUCCAGAAAGCACCCCAGCCCUCCCCGCUGGCAGAGGAAGACUAGCCACUGGGCAUUGCGCUGGGGGCACCCCCUCACCCCGCAGCUGUCCAACUUGAAACCCAAAUUUACCUCCAGGGAGAGGUGAGAAAAAAUUGUAAAUAGACUUGCUACAGAGCAACUCAGGUUGGGGUGUGUUUUAAUUCUCCUGAUCACUUGAAAUAAUCUGUAGGCUGAGUGCUGAGGGGAGCGGGGGAGAGUUAUGACUCCAGGGUCUUCUGCGAAGCUCUGGGGGUGGAGUAUAGGGCGUCCGAGGCCCUUUAAUGGCACUACACUGAGCUGUCUGUCCUUCUGGAAACCCAACCUACAAUCAACUGCAAAUCAAAUUCUUCACAUUUCAGUUGUAAUUUCUUUCCCUAUUAAAUCUCAGUCCCUGGCUAUGCAGUCAGGGUAGCUUUCUGUAAGCCACCUUAACCUAGGGAAUGGAAGGCAUUCUAGCUCUGCCUUCAAGACUCAUUGAAAUGAAACAAAACUACAACCACCUUCAAAACAUAUACAAAAAUAAAGAAAGGAUAACUUUAACUGAAGAAAAGGUUUGGUUCCAUCCACCUCCACGUUCAUUGUGCCUUUACUUGUGUUAGAUUUCUGUGCUUUCUUCCUCUCUCCCUCUUUGAAGCAAUUAAAAUCUUCCUUGAUAACAGCUGUUUCCUUCUUUCUACUCUUAUUUCUAACAUCUUAGUGGGUUCUUUAAUUGUCUUAAAUCUCACUCCACUGAUGGUAGAGGGGCAGGGGCAAGCCUACUUUUCUCAGAUCUUUUAUCAUUUCCUAAGACAACCAGCAUGGAAGUCAUAGUCAACACUGAAUAAAAGACGAGAAUGGCAUGUGUGAAGAGUAUGAAUGUGUGUGUAUGUGUCCAUCUUUGUCUGCAUGUGGGUCAAUUUCUUUUAAAAAAUAAUUUAUUGUAUGAUAUAUUUUGGAGUUAUAUUCUGAUUACACUGCUCCCUCUCCCAAUUAGCAUUGAUUUUUUUCAUCCCUGUCUAAAAUAUAUAAUCCAGUCUCAUGUUGGAUUCUUUGGUACAUUUGUUUCUUCUGGGU